AUGACACUACACUUUUCAGAGCUGCGCGCUGCAGGAGAGUGCGCUCAUAAUAAGCGACAUACAGACGAGUGCGCAGACAGUACAUAUACAGAAGAGUGCGAAGACAACCUCCUCAAGAUGGCCAACUGCAACAAAACUGCUCAUUUCUCCUUCACGGCUGGCUUCGGCCACCCUCCUGGUGUGGUGCUGCGCGCGACGCCCGGCAUCGGUGCCGCCGACGACGCUCGAACUGCUUCCAACCACAUGUCCGCCAUGAACCGCAUGUACAACAUUAGCAUGCAGAGCCAGAUGACUUGGUCGCAGGGCUUUCCCAUGGUGCAGCCGUCGCUGCAGGCCAUGCCAGUGAUGCAGCCCAGCGAGGCUCCGCAGAUGCAGCAGCAGGGUGAGGCCCCAGCGUCCAAGGAGGCUGGUCGUGGCAAGCCCAGGGGCCGCAAGCCCAAGGCCACCUCACCCCAGCGCGUCGUCCUCAAAGCCAAGAUCCCCCGCCCGCCCAUCACCAAGGACGCAGUGGUCGACGACGACGAUGGUGACGACAAGCACAUUCCAGACGCCGUGGAUGGCGACAGUGGUGACGACAGUGGUGACCAGGCCGGCAAAAGGGCCGGCGCCAAGCGCAAGCGCACUGAGGAGACUGUGGCAGUCACCAGGCUGUGCUCAAGAGAUGAUGAUGCGGAAGAAGAAGGUCGACAGCGACCCCUCCCACGGCUUCAACAAGCGUUCCCGAACCCCUCGGGAGCUUUCCGCGGGACAUUCCGCCUCGUGAGGCACACCCCGGAGCAGAUCAACGACAAGGCCGCCGACGAGUCCAUGCCGGAAAUAAAAAAUCGUGACGCCAUCUUCAAGCUGAAGGGCAAAUGCAAGAGGCGGAUCACGUACCCGGUGAAUAAGGCAACGGAUGAGCUGGCGGACAUCCGGCCCAGCAACAACCCUGCUGAUGCCUACGUGCCGCGAAGGGAUCUGGGCCGGCAGGGCAGUGCGCAGCAGGCUCUCAUGCGAGACCGCUCUUGCGAGGGCAGUGCUUGGCCCAGCACAGUAGUGGCGGUGGGCCUCCAGGCUCCUGACGCCCUGGCCGGCAACUGCACUGGCGUGCCAGGGAAGUCCACCGUGCGGGUCAGCCCUACAGACGCGAUGUGCAUGGCAUUGGCUGAUGACCUGAAGGACCUCACGAAGGCGUAUCGUGAGCAGAACUCGUGCCUAGACGCUUGCUAUAAUGCCAUCGGCAAGCUCGCGGACGUCGUGAUGAAGCUGCUGCAGUGGGAGCCGGUCGAGAGGAGGACGCGGCAGCUGUACACAGAGCAGAGUAUCGUCCUGCAGAAGGUGGAGGCCUUAAACAAGCUGCACGACAUGGGCGCCUUGGCGGACAAGGACUUCGACGAUGCGAUCUGCAAGUUGAAGGAGGAGCUGAUGAAGCCCCUUCCCUAA